CAUCAUCCCUCUCCCCCGGGUAGCCCCCCCACGUGACCUCAGCUGACCAAUAGGAAGCGGCGGAAGGCGAUAUAGCCCGCCCAGGAGGGCCCGUUCCCUCCUUUCCGCCGGGCGGCGCGGCGCAAGAUGGCGGUGCAGAUCUCCAAGAAGCGCAAGUUUGUCGCUGAUGGCAUCUUCAAAGCUGAGCUGAACGAGUUCCUGACUCGCGAACUGGCUGAAGAUGGCUACUCGGGAGUAGAAGUCCGGGUCACUCCAACCAGGACCGAGAUCAUCAUACUCGCCACCAGGACCCAGAAUGUCCUGGGUGAGAAGGGGCGCCGCAUCCGGGAGCUGACAGCUGUCGUGCAGAAGAGGUUUGGCUUUCCUGAGGGAAGCGUUGAGCUCUAUGCCGAGAAGGUGGCCACAAGAGGUCUGUGCGCGAUCGCUCAGGCAGAGUCCCUGCGGUACAAGCUUCUGGGAGGCUUAGCGGUGCGUCGAGCUUGCUACGGUGUCCUCCGCUUCAUCAUGGAGAGCGGCGCCAAGGGCUGCGAGGUGGUCGUCUCGGGCAAACUCAGAGGUCAGCGUGCCAAGUCCAUGAAAUUCGUGGAUGGUUUGAUGAUCCACAGCGGGGACCCCGUGAAUUACUACGUCGACACAGCCGUGCGUCACGUCCUUCUCCGGCAGGGUGUAUUGGGAAUCAAAGUAAAGAUUAUGUUGCCUUGGGACCCAAGCGGAAAGAUUGGCCCCAAAAAGCCUCUGCCAGAUCACGUCAGCAUCGUGGAACCCAAAGAAGAGAUCUUGCCCACCACUCCCAUUUCAGAGCAGAAAGGUGGCAAGCCAGAACAGCCGGCCAUGCCUCAGCCAGUUCCCACUGCCUGAGGGGUUUUGCAGCAUCUGCAAGCAGAAGCUUGGCUGUCCUGAAAACAUCUCUUAAUAAAAUCACAAAAGACAGCG